UGCCGAUGUCCCAAGCUGGAGGAGCAGUUGGCAACUGUUAAAAUGUAACAUUCCAUCCUGGCUAACAACUGCUCUCCGUUCAGUUCAACAGUUCAACCACAUGGAGAAGCAAAACUACAGCAAGUUCUCCUGUUUCUGGGAGACAGAGCCCGUAGGCUGUAGGAGGAUAAGCUGUGACUUCUUUCACAGAAAACCCCGUAAUAUAAAUGGACUUUAUUUGCCACCUAGUAACAAUGCCCCAUUGAAACAGGAUGUCCAAGGAGGCAUUCUGCAUCCAGCCCAUCGUCAGGACUCACUCAGAAAUCAAGAUAAUGUUUUAGUGCCUAUUCACCCUCCACUGAUUAUAAACCUCAGCGAUGAAGAGGAUGAUGAAGAGCAUGAUGAAGAGAAUGAUGAUGAGGAAGACAACUAUGUUUCUAACUGGAUGCCUAAGACUGUUAUAGAUAUUGAAGAGGAAAGAGCAAUAAGGGAUAUAUGCUAUAAAUCUGGAGAGUAUUAUGGGAUUCAGAACCCUUACAAACACCAAUCGACAAAAACUGUAUCUUCACCGUGGCAAGACGAGUUCUUACCCUUGGAAACUACUGAGCAAAACUUGCAGAAAGGUGAUGGUAACACAAUACCUAUAAGAUUUAAUAAUACAAGAAGAGAAAAAGAGAGCUCAGAAAGGAGAGUAUCAAUAGAAAGCAUUCCCAGAACAGAUAAUAAAUCCUUUGACAAUGGAGGAGGUGGUGGUUCUGUGAUGCAGAGGAGUGCAUUUGUUGAUGGGAACAGAUUUGAGGCACUACCUCGUGAAAAAGGACCAAUUACAUCAAAGUAUUCUAAUGUGAAAGAAACAAGCCACACUGAACUGAUAAAGAACCACCACUGUAAAGAAGUAAAGGAAAAUAAAAGGAUUUCUGAGGAGCGAAGAAACUCAGCUAAUGCAGUAACUGGCAAAGGAAUUCACACUCCAGACCCCAAAAUAAAACCAAGUUAUCAACAAAGGGGUCAAAGUAAGGAUGAUGAAACUGCUUCUUCCAGUCCAUAUGGGAGAGAAACUGGAAGAUACACUCAUUUAAAUUCUUCAGAACCUCGACGAUCAGCUUAUGUGGUGUACCGGACUGUCACUCAAAAACCGAAAUUCAAUGGAUCUACAGCAGUACCUGAGUCCUAUGGUCAGAAAGGCUCCAAACAAAAGAAUCAGCCUGACACUAAUAGGAGAUUUUGGACACAAACAGAAAACUAUGGCAAAUAUACUUCAGGAUCUUCUAAUUCACCAGCUUGGAGGAAAAGAAAUCCGCAAGCAAAACCAUUCUCUAAAUUUAAAAUAACCACUCAGAGUAAAGAAGACAUGGAAGUGAAUAAAAAAGGAGAAAAAGAAACAUCUAAAGGGAAAUAAAGAAAUUAUCAACUGGAGUGUCCUAAGAUGAAGAAACUGCAAAUUCCAAAAAGAAGAUUCAGGAAGGAAGCACACUAUAGUGUUUCAAAACUGGUUAAAACUCUUAAAAGUAUGCUCUGCAUGGUGACAUAUAAAGAUCUAUAUGCACUAAGUUUAAUCUGCUAUAAAAAUUUGGCAGUUGAAGUUAUUUUUGCAGACUACUGCUCUACACCACAGACACAUAGUAAUAGUUCAUAGAGAAAAAAAUCCCUAAGCAGAGUCUUCCCCUAUUUUAUUUGAUAGACGUUUUAAGGCAUAAUUCCA